UAGCUUUUCCCACACUCCCAGUUUCAAAACCCCAAAACCAAACCACACUCACAGUCAAACUCUCAGAAAAUGCUCAGAGCUCAAAACCAAGCUGGACGGAGAAGAAGACUCGAGAUUCGUCACCAAAUUCAAGUAUAGGACUUCGCCCGCUUCAGAUUCUGUUUCUCAAUUCGUCUUUCAGGAUGAUGAGGGAUUUCAAAUUGUUGCGAUCGAAUUCGGGAAGAAAAGAAGAGGCGGAGAACGUGCCGGUGAACACUAAGGACUUAGCGGCGACGGGCCGAACAAGCUCGGAGUCGUCGAGAGCUCCGUUUAACCCGAUUCAGGACCCAGCUCAGAACCCUAAGCCGGAACAAGACUCCGCGAUUCGGAGUAGGGUUGAGAAGACGCCGACUAAAGCUUCCAAGGCCAAAGCUUCCGAUCCGGGGUUGCCUCUCCGGACACCGGAAAAGCACGGUGCUGCGUUUUCGGCUCGGAAACGGUUCGGGUGGGCUCAGAGGAAUGAUUCGGGUGAUUUUCAUGAGGAUGGGGGUACUUGUACUGCCCAAGUGAGCAGAGGAGGCGGUAAUGGAAAUGGGGGUUUGGCAAAUUUGACACCUCGGAUAACCAGGACGGUUGGGAAAGGUGGUUCGAGUUAUUCGGAGAGUAAUUCGACGCAUACUACGCCAACUAAGAGUGUUUCGAAGCCUCCGAAUUCUGGGUUUCGGAAUAAGGUGGAUGGAAGUGUUGGUGGUCGAGGUGGGAACUUUGCUGCAUUGUACAAAGGGAUUCCCAUUUCGAGUGGUCCUUCUACUACGGUGGUGAAUUCGGUUGAAGUACCUCACUUUGAUCUCAAGGAAGACACGUCUUUUUGGAUGGAACACAAUGUACAGGUUCUUAUACGUGUGCGUCCUCUGAAUAGCAUGGAGCGAAGUACACAUGGUUACAACAGGUGUUUGAAGCAAGAAAAUGCUCAGACCAUUUCUUGGAUUGGCCAACCAGAAACUCGAUUCACAUUUGAUCAUGUAGCAUGUGAAACAGUUGACCAGGAAAUGAUUUUCAGGACGGCUGGUCUACCAAUGGUAGAGAAUUGCUUGUCGGGGUAUAACAGCUGUAUGUUUGCCUAUGGUCAGACAGGAAGUGGGAAGACAUAUACCAUGCUUGGGGAGAUUGAUGAUUUAGAAGAUAAGCCCAGUCCUCAUCGUGGAAUGACACCGCGCAUUUUUGAGUUUUUAUUUGCAAGGAUUCAAGCGGAAGAGGAAAGUCGGAGGGAUGAGAAACUAAAAUACAAUUGCAAGUGCUCUUUCCUAGAAAUUUACAAUGAACAAAUUACGGAUCUCCUUGAUCCCUCUUCUUCCAAUUUGCUUCUGCGGGAGGAUGUGCAGAAAGGUGUUUAUGUUGAAAAUCUCUCUGAAUUUGAAGUUCGUACCGUGAGUGAUAUUUUGAGGCUACUAAUCCAGGGUUCUUCAAAUAGGAAAGUUGCUGCAACAAAUAUGAACAGAGAAAGUAGUCGUUCACACAGUGUCUUUACUUGUGUAAUUGAGAGCAGAUGGGAAACGGAUUCAACGUCUAACUUACGCUUUGCUAGGUUAAACCUAGUUGAUUUGGCUGGUUCAGAAAGGCAGAAGACUUCUGGUGCUGAGGGUGAGCGGUUGAAGGAAGCAGCUAGUAUUAAUAAAUCAUUAUCUACACUUGGUCAUGUCAUCAUGGUUCUUGUGGAUGUGGCACACGGGAAGAUAAAACAUAUACCUUAUAGAGACUCUAGGCUAACCUUCCUUUUACAGGACUCACUCGGUGGUAACUCAAAAACAAUGAUCAUUUCAAAUGUCAGCCCUUCUAUCGGUUGUGCAGCUGAAACGUUGAACACGCUUAAAUUUGCCCAGCGAGCAAAACUUAUUCAAAACAAUGCUGUGGUGAAUGAAGAUUCUACAGGAGAUUGCAUUGCUCUACAACACCAAAUACGACUUCUAAAGGAGGAGCUCUCCAUUCUUAAACGUCAUCAUGUCUCCCGGUCGUUGUCAUUUGGUUCCACCAAUUUUGAGGACAGUCAAGUCCAGAAAAUUGAUUAUAUUGGAAACAUAUGUGACAUGGACCUACAAUGUCAGGAUGAUUUUCUUGAUAAUGAUGUGAAAGGAACUGUGAGAAUGUCCACCAAACAGUUAAAGUCUUUGGAGAAAACACUUGCCGGUGCCCUUCGCCGGGAGCAAAUGGCAGAAACCACCAUCAAGCAACUUGAAGCGGAAAAAGAGCAUUUGAACCGCUUGGUUUGUCAAAGAGAGGAAGACACUAGAUCCACUAAAAUGAUGCUUAGGUUUCGGGAAGACAAAAUUAAAAAGAUGGAGUCACUACUGAAUGGUUCUAUUCCUGCGGAGGCUUAUUUACUUGAUGAGAACAGAGCACUCUCAGAAGAGAUUCAGCUACUUCAAGCUAAACUUGAUAAGAAUCCUGAAGUGACCCGGUUUGCAUAUGAGAAUAUAAGGCUUCUGCACCAACUUAGAAGGUUAGAAGAAUAUUAUGAGGAAGGAGAGAGAGAUUUACUCUUGGAUGAAGUAUCGAAACUGCGAGAUCAGCUCCUUCAAUUUCUUGAUGAUCCCUUGAAGCAGCAUAGCAAUCCAAAUUUUAGUAUGGAAGCUCAGGAAGCCAUGUGCACCAACAAAGAAAAUGAUCCUCUCAGUCUGAAGUUAAAAGAUACUUGUGAAGAGUUAGAUGGAUGCAGGCGCAGCUUAAAUGCUUGUUUGGAGGAUAAUGCAAAACUCAGUAGAGAAAUUGAUGAUCUACGCAAAAUGUUGAACUCUCUCAGAUCUACACCCAUUCAUCAAGAUGGUGAUGCGGCUUUGGAGGUGCAUAAUGCUCUUCGCAUUGAGGAGAUAGAACGGGAACAUGCAGAAGAAAUACUGAGUUUGCAGCUGGAAUUGGACAUAGUAAAUAUCAUUUUAAAAGAAGAGAGGACUUCUCAAGAUGAAACGGUAUUUUUCUUAAAUAGAGAUCUUCAGCUCGCAAAAGAAGAACUCUCUCUCAAAAGCAAACAACAUGAUGAUGCAAACAGCAAACUGCAAGAGGCUAAGUGCAUCAUUGCAGAUCUUGAGACUCAGCAAAUCAUGUCAAACAAUGGGAUGGAAGACUUGAGGAAUAGUAACAGCCGUUAUGUGCAGCUUUUGAGUAAACAGGAGCUUGAACUAAGGGUUCUAAAGGAGCAAUGCACUUCUAAGGAGUUUUCAGACUUAUCACCUUUGAGCAGUUCAAACAAUCAUGACUCUCCACUACAGGGAAAAUUGAAGCGGAUGCAACAUUCCCUUGAAAUGGCCAAAAGAAUGAAUAUGUGUUACCAAAGUGAUCGUGCAUUUCAAGUGUCUAAUGCAGAAGAAAUGGAGGAAGUCCGCAGGCAGGCCGAGGUUGAAACUGCUGAGGUAAUUGUCUGUAUGCAGGAAGAACUUGGCAUGCUUCAACAGCAGGUCCAAGACAGCCAAUUAAAAGAACUGGAGGUGAACAAAAAUGUAUUGAUGCUGGAAAAUGAACUGAAAGUGGUGAAAGAGAAACUGCACAACUUGAAUGCAGAUAAUGAAAGGUUAAGUAAAGAGCUUGGAGAGAAAGAUGGAGAAAUAAGAACAUUAUCAGAAGAAUGGACAUUAUUGUCCAGUGAGAUUGAAGAAGUUCUUUCUGGUGGAUGUGAGGUGCUAGUUGAUGCUUCUGAUCAGCUUAACCUAAUAUCCAACUCCUUUCCAGAGAAAAGAAUUUGGAUUUCUGAACAAGUUGGCAGGGUUGUAGGGAUCGUCUCGGAAAAGGAAUCUUUGAUUGAAGACCUGAGGAAGUGUUUAGAGGAUGCAAAUAACAAGAGAAGUGAUGUUGAGUGCAUGCUGAAGUCUCUGAGAGGAGCAGCACUGGCCAUUACCGAAGCACACCAGCAGGAGUAUAGUGAAAAAGAGAAAGAAAUGCUCCUUUUGACAACUCAGUUGAACACAGAGACAUCUACUGUGGAAAAGCUGGAGAGUAGAGUGAAGUUGCUUGAAGACCAGAUCAAUAAAACGUCAGUCUGUGCAACAGUUGCCUUCGUUGUUGUGAAUAGCUUAGCAGAGAUGAAUCGUAAUAAUCUUGAUGCAUUAGAGCGUAAUAAUAUUCAGCUUAAUGAAUCAGAAGAGUUGAUCUCAAUGAAGGUUUCCCUUCUCAGUGAUCAGGCCACAGUGAUAGCAGAAGCUGAGAAAAAAAUUCAGUCUCUAAGUGGGGACCUUGCUGAGUGCGAGAGAACCUGUGAUAAUCUAAGAAAGGAGCUUUUUGAGGAGCAGGAACGUGCUUGCACCAUGGAACAAAAGCUUGAAGAUAUUGAAGAACAAAACAUUUCGAAGACAAAGGAGAAAUUGGCUGAGCUAAAAACUGGUGUAUCCACACUCAGGUCAUGCAUGAACUCACAUGCGGAGCAUCAUACAAGCUGUGAAAAGGAUUCACAAGUAGUUUUUAAGAAUUCUGAAGGAGAAGGUGGAGGACAGAUAGCUACGGAAAUUGUGCAAGACCACAAUGGAAGUAAACAGUAUGUCGAAGACCUGAGUGCUAAUAUUUCUGAGUGUUCUCUUGAUGUGGAGAAGAGUAUUUGCUACAAUCCAUGCACUCAGGAAUAUAUGAAGCCUUCCAAGGAUGCGUGUGGUAGAGAAGUUACCAUUAUACUUCUGAAAAAGGAAAUAGAAGCUGCCCUUGAUAGCUUAAAACAGGUACAGGCUGAGAUGGACAACCUACGUGAAGAGAACAAAGUGUUGUGGAUGUAUGAGAAACAGAGUCGGGAUAGCAUGAAAGUUAUUGGUUCGCAGGUUCUUAAUCUGCAAUCAACCAUGAAUGAAGUAGAAGUGCAAUUCAAAGUGAAGUUGGAAGCUCUCAAUCAUAGACUAGAGGCAUUUGAACAGAUUGUGCAGGAAUCUGGCUCUCACUGGUGCCAAGCAAAAGAAUUGAUUAAACUAGAAGUUGAUGAUGCAAAGUUAGUUUCAGCCCAGAAGUCUGCUGAGGUCGCUUGCAUUCUUGCUAAGUUUGAAGAGGCUCAAAAUACUAUGAAGGAAUCAGAUGUAAUGGUCAAUGAACUGAUGAUAUCCAAUGAAAAGAUGAAGCUUGAAAUAGAGAGGCUGAAGAAUCUAGAAGCCUCAUUAAACAGUGAUAGGGAUGUAUUACUGAAUGAUGUCCAAAGCUUGCAAUCUAUCAAUGAUCUGAGCAAUCAGAAAUUGGAAAAUGUUGAAGAGUUGCUUGCAUCAGAUGUAAUGGAAAUGAAGGCUUUAGUUGUAGAGCUGGAGGGCAUGCUUGCAGGGUUCCAGGGUGCUUACAAGGAAAACUUCAUGCUUUUAUCCUCUGAUUUCUGCAGUGUGAAGUCUUUGCUUGCAGAUUCCUCAAAGUUUGUUCACUCAUUGCUUGAGGACAUCUGGUCUGACAUAAUUGUGAAGGAUUGUGCUGUGUCAGUGCUACACCUCUGUCACAUGGGAAUUUUUCUAGAAACAGUGACUGGGCUGAAUGUAGAGAAUGGUCUGCUUGAACACGGACUGUGUGAAUCUAGUUCUGUUGUAGCUGAUCUGAGGGAACACAAUAAUAGGUCAAAAAGAGAGCUUGAGAUGUGCCAGAUUCUGAAGGGGAAAUUACUGGCUGACAUUAAGACCAGUCUUGAUCGCAUCUCUAGAAAAGAAGAGGAAGCUGGGAAGCUUGAUAUGAAGGUGACCACUUUUGAGAAACAGAUAUCAGAACUACGGGUUCAGGAGGAGUUAAUGUUGCAAAGGUCUAAUUAUAUGGGAUCCCAGCUUGAUAUUUUACUGAAGGACUUGGACUUAAGUAACUCAAACUUUGGCACAUUGCUGCUGGAUCAAGAGAAAUUGCUCAAAGAUAAAGAGAAGGCACUCGAGUCUCAAGCUGAGUGUCUAAUGAUAGAUUGGUGUGCGAAAGACUUUGAGUCACUUAUCUUGGCAUCAGAACUAGAAGAGAUGGCUAUUCACAAAGCUGACAUGGGGAGAGAGAAUAUAGCUUGUUUUGCGAUGCUGGAAGAUUUCAAGAAAGAAGUGGUUCUUCUGAAGGUUGAUGCAAUUUUUAAAGAACAGUUCUUACUGGAUGAAGAAGUAGAAGUUGCUUAUCUUCAAAAGAAAGUACAAAAGGAGAGGGAGGACCUGUUGUUACAGCUGGACCAAAGUAAUUUAUAUAUUGCACGUAUAGACAAUGCAAACAAGGCUCUUGAACAGGACAUUCAGUUGUUGAAUGAUGUUGCUCGUUCGAAUGAUGCUUUGAAAGGCGAACUUGGUGAAGUUAAAAAAUCAGAGGUGAGUUUGUUGAACCAGGUUCACGUACUUGAAGCUGAAUAUCAAAAGCUAAAAGAAGAUUUGAACAUCAAGGAGAGGAGUUCAGAACUAUUUUCCAGUCAGGUUUCUGCCCUGGAUCAACAAAACCAAAGCUUGCAGAAUGAUAUUAACACGUUACAGAUCUCAUCACGUGGACUUCAAGAUGCAUUAAAGAAGAAAGAUGCUGAGCUGAGCAGAAUGAACUGUUUGGAGAUGGAAAAUGACUCACUUAAGAUUGAGAUAAGGAAGUUUGAGACAGAUACUGAUACACUGAAGCGAGAGAAUGUUCUCUUCAGAGAACAACUUCGGUCUCUCAAGAAAAGUAGGGAGGAAGUCCUGACCAUGUGGAGUGUGACAGUUAAGAAUUGUGUUGAUUCUAUGGAAACAGCUGAUUCGAUAGGUGAUAGACUGCGCAAUAUUAUAAAGGAAGAUGGUGCCAUGAUUUUGGACAAAAUGUCUGAAGAAAUAUAUGAAACUGUGGACAGAGUUAUAGAGCAGUUUGAUUGCUUAGAGUGCCAUACUGAGGAGUUGGUGUCCGAAAAUCUGUCUCUUCAGGCCGAGUUACUGAGGAAGGAUGAUGUUCUCAAAGGUUUGUUAUUCGAUCUGAGCUUAUUGCAGGAAUCUGCAUCUAAAAAUAAAGAUCAUCAAGAUGAAAUUAAGGAAGUAGUAGCUUCCUUGGAAGCUUUAGAGGAUGAGCUUUGUGUAAAAUCGUGUGAGCUUGAUGAGGCCAAUUCUAAUAUCCAAAUGCUUGAAACUCAAUUGCAGGAGAAGACUGACUUAAUCUCUCGUCUUGAGUUGGGUAUAUUACAAAAUCAUGAGUCUCUAAAUGUCCUAUCCAGUGAAAAUGUGGAGCUGAGAGCUCGUAUUGAAGAUGUCUUGACAGCACAUAAUUCUGCUGAGAAGGAGUUGACAGAGAAGCAAAAGAUUAUUGAGAGCUUGAAAAUGGAAGUCCUGGAAAUGAGUAAUGCUCUAGGCCAAAUGAAUGACUCCAAUGAAUCCCUGAUGAGCAAUCUGAAUGAACUAGCUAGUGAGAGGGAUCUCCUCCACGUUGAGAUGCUAAAUUUGAAAGAGAACCUGGAAAGGGAACAGGCACGGGCUGAUGAAUUUGAAGUGAUUGCAAAUGAAACUCAACAGAUAUCCGAGUUAAGAAAGACCUAUGCUGACGAAAAAGAGGCAGAGGUAAAGCUCUUAGAGCAGUCUAUAGAAGAGCUCGAACGUACUGUCAAUGUGCUACAAAAUAAGGUUGAUAUUGUCAAGGAGGAGGCUGAACGGCAACGGUUGCAUGGAGAAGAGCUUGAAUCUGAACUUCAUGCCGUAAAACAUCAGAUGCUGAAUGUUGAAAAUGCUAAUGCUGACAUGAGCAGACAUAUAGAUGAGAAGGAGAAAAGCAUUCAAGAAAUCCAACGGAACACACAAAUCCUCGAGAGGGAUAUAGCUGAGAAGGAUGCAGAGAUUGCCCAAUAUAAAGCGCAUAUCUCUGAGUUAAAUUUGCAUGCAGAAGCACAGGCUUGUGAAUACAAGCAAAAGUUCAAGGCAUUGGAAAACAUGGCUGAACAAGUCAGACCCGAAGGCCAUACGACUCAUGCCACAAGUUCUGCACCAAACAAAACAGAGAAAUAUGCCACAAAGUCUAGAGGCUCUGGUUCCCCAUUUAAAUGUAUUGGAUUGGGCUUGGCACAACAAAUAAAAUCUGAGAAGGAUGAGGAACUUACGGCUGCAAGGACCCGCAUUGAAGAGCUUGAAUCCUUAGCAUUAUGUCGACAGAAAGAGAUAUUUAAUUUGAAUGCCAGAUUAGCUUCUGCCGAAAGCAUGACCCAUGAUGUAAUUCGGGAUUUACUGGGAGUCAAGUUGGAUAUGACCACUUACGCGUCACUAUUGGAUAAUCAACAAGUGCAGAAGAUCACAGAGAAGGCCCGGCUUCAUAGUUUUGAAUCUAAGGAAAAGGAGCAGGAGGUAGUUAAGCUGAAGAAACAGCUUAAUGAAUUCAUUGAGGAAAGAAGAGGAUGGCUAGAGGAAAUUGAACGAAAGCAGGCUGAAACCAUAGCUGUGCAAAUUGCUUUGGAAAAACUUCGACAGCGAGAUCAGUUACACAAAACUGAAAAUGAGGUGCUCAAGAUGGAGAACAUAAAUCAUAAAAGGAAGGUGAGGGAACUUGAAGGAGAAGUAGAUAAACUGUCUGGGCAGCAAAACAUCCAACAAAGAAUCCAUCAUCAUGCAAAAAUCAAGGAAGAAAAUCACAUGCUAAAAACUCACAAUGAAGAACUUAGCACUAAGCUUCGACGGACAGAGGUUCUUCUAUCACGUUGCAAGGAAGAGCUUGCUCGCUAUCGUGCUUCCAUUGGGAGAAACCCUUAUGUUGAUUUUGAUGAGGAGCAACGACUGAGUAACAAAGUGAAGGAAAUUGAGGAGGAGAAGUUGCAGUUAGCACAAAAGUUAUUAGGCCUGUGUACUAGUGUUCUAAAGGCUGCUGGAAUAACAAAACCAAUACCCCAUAUAAAUCCUUCCAUUGCGGAAGAGGCACUCGAGCAACUCAAGACCAAAGUUACUUCAUUGGAUAGAGAAUUGCAAGAUUUAAAGUUUAAGAAUAAGAUAACCAGUGAAAGACUUCGAUUGUCAGAGCUCAUGCCACAAACUUCGCCAAAAAACUCAAGACUAGAUGAGAAUUGCCAGACUCCAAGAAGAAUGUCCCAAGCUCCAUAUUUUUCUACUUUAGAUCGAUGACUGUAUUCUUAAGGUAAAGAAUCAUAUAUCUGGUUAGCUUUCUGCUAACAAUUAUAAGAAUGAACACAACUAAAAGGUCUUAUUUGGUAAUUAAAUACCGCCCAAAAGCUUCAUUAGCUGUAUGUAUAUCUUGUGCAGUUGUAUAAAUAGAUACCCUGAGUAUAAGUUAAUGUAAUUUUUUAAAAUUAAAUCAUGUUCCUCU